GUGAAGCCAACCUAGCGAGGAGCUUCAUUUACCUUUAAGGAACGUCAGAAAACAGCAGUGCCACGGCUGCCUACCCAGCAGAGCUGCCGAGAGCCAGAGGGAUGGUGGUAGUUACGGGGCAGAGCAAAGUGAGCGGAGACCCGGAUGAUGCCAUGUCGAGCUCGGAUGCAGAGGAUGAUUUCCAAGAGCCAGCCACGCCGACCGCAACCCAGGCAGGACAAGCGCUGCCUCUGCUGCCUCAGCAGUUUCCAGAAGUGGUCCCGCUGAACGUAGGCGGGAUGUAUUUCACAACAAGGCUGUCAACGCUCCGGCGGUACGAGGACACGAUGUUGGCGGCGAUGUUCAGCGGCAGGCACUACAUCCCAACGGACGGCGAGGGCAGAUACUUCAUUGACAGAGAUGGAACCUACUUUGGGGACAUACUGAACUUUCUACGAUCGGGUGACCUGCCAUCGAGAGAGCGAGUGCGGGCGGUUUACAAGGAGGCACAGUAUUACUCCAUAGGACCACUGCUCGACAACCUGGAGGACAUCCAGCCUCUUAAAGGAGAAAAAGUUAGACAAGCUUUCCUGGGCCUGAUGCCGUAUUACAAAGAUCAUUUGGAACGGAUCAUCGAAAUAGCGAAGCUUCGAGCUAUGCAAAGAAAAGCAAGGUUUGCAAAGUUGAAGGUCUGCGUCUUCAAAGAAGAGAUGCCCAUCACCCCCUACGAAUGCCCGCACUUCAACUCGUUGCGUUUCGAAAGGAGCGAGAGCGAGACGAAGCUUUUUGAACAUCACUGCGAGGUGGACGUCUCUUUUGGCCCCUGGGAGGCUGUGGCCGAUGUCUACGAUCUCCUGCACUGCAUCGUGACGGACCUGUCGGAUCGAGGCAUAGCUGUGGAUCAUCAGUGCAUCGGGGUGUGCGACAAACACCUCAUAAACCACUAUUACUGCAAGCGUCCUAUCUACGAGUUCAAGAUCACCUGGUGGUGAGCUGUUUUCUCCGGGGCGGUGCAGGGAUAAAAGGACUUGUAGACGGCAAUUGCUUGUUUAAUAAUUUUGCAACGUGUCUCUGGAAACGCAUUGCUGCU